AUGUUUCCGCCGUUCACGAAUGCCUCAGAGUUCUUCCCGGGCCUCAUUAUCUGGUGUCUCGACCCAUACGAGACCAUAAAUGGGCCCACGUUCCCUGUAGACGUCACCAAGCGCGACCAGCGCCCGUGUCUUGUCCUCGCGGUUGACGUUCAAGCGGAGUCCCUCCAGAUUGCGCGCCUCUGCGAAACGACGCCAACGAACACUCGCGAGUGGGUGCGCAUCAACACUGCGCCAAUUAUCACGUGGAAAAACGCGGAUGCCUGGAUCUGGGUCGGUGCACCUGCGACAAUACGUAUGACGUUCUAUCGGACGAAAAUCAUGCAUGCGCAUAGAGACAGGACCUACAUCACGCACCCUGUGAGCUCCCAGAAUAUCGCGGCAUACUGGGUCCAUCGCCGCCGCUUUCUCUCCGAACACCCGCGACCAAGUGCCCCAAUCAACACCACACCCUCGACUCGGAAUGCCAUUGGAAGAGUAGGCACAGACCGCGAAUAUCCCCAACCGCCAGCCUCGCCCGCGUGGAGCACCACCACACAGCUGUCGUCGUCGUCCUCCUCUUCAAGUCGCGCCACGAGCCCGAAUCCACCGCAAAGCUGGCUCGAUCGGCGCCAGUCUUCCUUCCAGCUCCCAUAUCUCACUCCUGACGCCCAUUUGAACGGAUACUCAGGCUCUUCCUCACAGGCAAUGCUGAACCCGAGCUCUGCUGCAUCCGUGCCGCGAGGAUUUACUGAAACGCAUCCUGCACGGCCAGGGUGGUUCAGAAACCCCGAGAAUGGGUGGUUUUGGCAUGCUGCGAUGGGUAUGAUGGAGCCGGAUUCGCCUUUUUUGGAGAGGGAUUGA